GCAGCACUAUUACGUGCUUGUUCUUCAGUGUGCCAUAAAAUUCCGUCUGGCAAAGUAGACUAAGUAAGCGAGGUGAAUGUUUGUGUUUUCGCGUAUAUAGUGCUAUUUUAAUUGAAAUGUGUAAUAAGUCAGAAUAAAUAUUAACACAGUAGUUAUCAGUGCAGUUGAUAAGAACAUUAGUAAGCACCUGUAUCAGGUAACAACGUUAACGAUUCACUCCAACCAUCUUCGCCAUAUAGAUAUUUAUAUGCAUAUGAUGGUGAACUCGCUGAUGCAGUGAAAUUGAAGCAACGACGACUCCCAGAAUUUUUUUUCAAGAAGAAUACCCAAAGGAAAGGAAGAAGUUGCCGUUGCAACGUCGGUGGAUAUGGAAGAUUAGACUGAAUUGUGCAGCCAACGCUCGAGAGGCGUGCGUGUGCGUUUGCCCGUAUCACUAUUUUUUUUUUUUUAUUGUUUCUUCAACGAAAUUCAACUGAAAGUGUUAGAAGCGCGUAAAAAUGUUUUCACCGGCGUCCUCGGCACACACACAUCGUGGCAAUAAGCGAGAGGCCAAAUUGAAUGCUACAACCGAUUUGGAUGAUGACGAUGACGACAGCAGCAUCAUUGAUGACACCGAUGUGGAUGUAGCCGUCGAUGUGGACGUCAACGAGGUGCCCACACAAAAGCCACAUUUUCUAGACGAUGCCAUGCCGCCACCCGAAAUGGUCGCUGACUUCGAACGCGUGCUAAGUUUUGGCGCAAAAAGCGAUGGUGGCACACAUACGACAGCCGUUCCUAGCAGCGGUGAGCAAUUGAAAAUGGAUAAAAAGUAUGAACGCGACGGUGAGAUUAGUGACUAUGAGUUGGCCGCAAGUGGGUAUACAAAGAAAGAGUUCACACAGGACGAUAAUACGUUGAAUCUGCCAAGUGGCAUUGGCAAGAACACAUUUGCGAAACCAAAGCAUUUUCUCGAUGAGAAUCCCAUACCGCCAGACUACAUGUUGCUGGCGACCGCCGCUGACCAUGACUUGCGGCGCGAGCACCGCAGCCUAGACCGCAAUUUCGAGCGACAAGACGAACAGGAGUCCGCACUCCUUGCCGGCCAAUUGAUGAAGAGCAGCAGCAGUAGUGGCGGUGGUGGUCGCAAGAGUUCACUGGAUCGCGGCGGUUAUGGCGGUGGCGGAGGUCAUAGUAAUGGCAGUCACAGUGGCAGUAUGUCGAGUUCGCGCACAUCACGUGAGCGCAACAAGGAGCUUACUUCCUCGUACACAUUGUCGCGUUUUCUACACAGCGCCGAAACACCGUCGCCACCACCGGCGCUGCAGCGCAGCAUACCGAAAGGUGGCGCUUGGGCGAGCAGCAGUGGCAGCGGCAGUUGCAGCUUUGACAGACUUUAUGGCAGCUUGCCAAUGGCACAUGCCAGCGGCGGCGGCGGCACAAGUGGUGUUGGCGAUAGCAGCUGCGCGCUAGGGGUCGAUGACAUUGUCGAUGGCGACCGGCUGGGUCCGAAAGUGCAGUGUGUGUACUCGCUGCUCUCGAUGUUGGGCUCCAAUGACCCGUCGGAGAUGUCAAAGAAGUUUCUUGAAUUGUCGCGCACGCCCGAAACAUGCACUGCGCUGCGACGUGCCGGCUGUGUACCGCUGCUCGUGCAAAUGAUGCACUCCGAUGGCGAUGAUAGUGUGCGAAAGUGCGCCAGCAUGGCACUGCACAACGUCGUACACAGUCAUGUGGAUGAGAAGACUGCAAGGCGUGAGGCGAAAGUGUUGCGUUUGCUCGAACAGAUAUUGGAUUAUUGUAAUUUCUUGAAAACGCUGCUGCAGAGCGGUGGCGAAGCUAUUGCCGAUGACUCCGAACGGCAUCCGCUGGCGGCGAUAUCGUCAUUGAUGAAGGUGAGCUUCGACGAGGAGCAUCGUCAUGCUAUGUGCGAGCUGGGUGCACUGCAGGCAAUACCGAACUUAGUGCAUUUGGAUCACGCAGUGCACGGACCGAAACCGGAGGAUCAGUGUUGCAAUUCCUUGCGGCGUUACGCACUUAUGGCGCUUACAAAUCUCACAUUCGGCGAUGAACACAACAAGGCUUACUUGUGCAGUCAGAAAUUAUUUAUGGAGGCUUUGGUGGCACAGCUGGACUCGGCACCUGACGAUUUACUGCAGGUAACUGCCAGCGUAUUACGUAAUCUGUCGUGGCGUGCCGACAGCAAUAUGAAGGCGGUGCUGAAUGAGAUUGGCACGGUGACGGCUUUGGCGAACGCCGCUAUGAAAAACAAAAGUGAGAACACGCUCAAGGCGAUAUUGUCGGCCUUAUGGAAUCUAUCUGCGCAUUGCAGCACCAAUAAGGCGGAGUUCUGUGCGGUAGAUGGCGCGCUCGCCUUUCUCGUCGACAUGCUUACCUAUGAGGGACCCAGUAAAACUUUGAAGAUUAUCGAAAAUGCCGGUGGCAUACUACGUAACGUCUCUAGUCACAUCGCAGUGCGCGAGCACUACCGACAAAUACUACGGGAACGCAAUUGUCUUUCGAUACUGUUGCAGCAACUUAAAUCCGAGAGCUUAACGGUGGUGAGCAACUCUUGCGGCACACUGUGGAAUCUAUCGGCGCGCUGCCCGGAGGAUCAGAAAUUUCUUUGGGAUAACGGUGCAGUACCAAUGCUUCGUUCACUGAUACACUCCAAACACGCCAUGAUCUCGGAAGGCAGCGCCUCAGCGCUUAAGAAUUUACUCAACUUCCGACCGGCAGUGCAGAGUCAAAACCAACUAGAUCCAAUCGCCCGUUCGAUGGGUCUACGAAAACUCCCAACGCUAAAUGUGCGCAAACAAAAAGCGUUACAACAAGAACUCGGCGGCAAACAGCAUGCUGAGACCUGUGACAAUUUGGACAUCAGUGGAAGUGGUGGCAUAGCAAAAGAAGAUGGUCAACUGCUGCAACACACCGCUUUGAGUGUCGUAAUGCAUGCGCAUCGUCAGCGUUAUGUCGCCGCAGCAGGUAGUGCUGUGCCGCCCGGUACUUCAGUGCGACUUACGCGCUCCGCCAUGCUAACUAAAAGUGAAAGUCGCGACUCAGUCUUUUCCGCGAAGUCAGAUACUGCAUACGAGAAUUUGAUGCGCUCCCAUUCGGCAUCAGACGCCAAUCGUAAAAAGCUGCCAUACAGCGGAGCUGCGGCAGUGACAGUGUACUCGCUGGAAAAUGAUGCAGAGUCCACAGAUGUGGAGCAGCCCAUCGAUUACUCGGCCAAAUAUUGCGAAAAAGAUGCAAAAACGUCGAACGAGCUCACAACAGAGCCGGCCUCGGGCACUAACAACACCAAUGUCACAUAUCAGGAAACUGAUUUAGAUCAGCCGACAGACUUCAGCUUGCGCUAUGCUGAGCAUCAAAUUGAAACCGAAUUGGACGUGUUACCCUCUGAGCAGGCGGGCCGCAGCAGUAAUGUUGCUAAAAGAAGCGGCGCAGUCGAAGGCAGCACAACAGCACCGAAUCGCGCACAGACAGCAGUAAGCGAUGGUAACGAAAUACUGCUUAUACUCGAGGAUACCGUAAAAUGUUACCAAACGGAGGACACACCUUACGUUAUAUCCAAUGCUGCUUCAGUUACGGACUUACGGCAAGCGGUAGUCAAGUCUGAAAGCACCGCAACAGCAGAGACUACAAAACCCACAGAGAAGCCGAAGAAAUACCAAAGAGUACAACAGAUGCACAGUAAUGUCGGCGUACAGGGUAACGCCGCUUAUGGUUCGGGCUCCUAUACACCCGAAAAGCCCAUCAAUUAUUGCGAAGAGGGCACGCCCGGCUAUUUUAGUCGUUACGAAUCGCUCAGCAGUCUGGAUGAAUCACCGCCAACACAACAAACUCAGAAUAAAGAGGCUAAAGUGCCACAUACUAAAACCGCCAGCAACAAUUCAGCCAAAAAAAGUAGCAAUGAACUUGAUGCUGAUUUAAAUGCUCACACACCUGUGACACAUGUCAAUGUGCCGGUGGUGCAAAGUAGUGGCAAUGCCACCACAAUGAAUUCGGCACAGGAGACGCCGCUAAUGUUUUCGCGUCACAGCUCGAUGGAUUCGCUGGUCGGGGAAGGUGAGGAUGAGAUUGGUGUUUGCGAUGACAAGAGCUCGGUAGUUAGUGACUUCAGUCGCCUGGCAAGCGGCGUCAUUUCACCGUCCGAAAUUCCUGACUCACCUACCCAGAGCAUGCCCCAAUCGCCACGUCGUCACAGCAACGCUGGACAAGUGAACAGCAGCGGCGGGAGUGGCAUUGGUGCGUUUCUGCAGGGCGUUUCGCCGAGAGCUGCACCACGUGGUUCCGCUGUUGGCAUUGCUAGCGCUAGUGCUGGCAUCGGGCUGCGCGGUAAUGCUGCUGUGGGCGAGGAAACAAAACGACCACUGCGUAGCGUCUUCGAAGAUGAUUUGAGCACUUUCAAUGUUGAGAAUACACCGGCGCAAUUCUCGUGCCGCACCAGUCUGAGCAACCUGAGUAUACUGGAUGAUGAAAACAGCCUGCCACCAUCGAGGCAACCCAUUGAGGGCGAGAACAACACACAGCCCGCUAUCGUGUCCGAAGGUGAGGAAGAGGAGUCGACUAACAACAUCGACGACAUACUGCUCGCCAAUUGCAUUAAUAUGGGAAUGAAUCGCACAACCAUAACAGCUGCCGCGUCCAAGAAAUCAAUGGCGCGUGCAGCACGCAACCAAGCCGUUGGAGACGCACAGUUACCCGCCGAUGAGCCGAGGCAUUACUAUACCGAAGAUACACCGGCGUUCCUCUCAAAGGUUGGCAGUAAUACAAAUUUGUCAGCCUUAUCUAUCUGCUCCAGCAAUAAUAUGGAUGAAUUGAAGGAACCACAAGGGCCGGCCACAACUAGCGGUACAGCCGAUAACCGACACUCGCUUACCUUGUCGGAUGACGUGUCAUCAAAUGCCUCGGAGAGUGGUGCCACCGGUCAAUCAUUCGAUUUGUUGCAGCAAUGCAUUGAAGUCGGUAUGAAAAAACCGAAUACACAAACGAAAACACACUCAAAUCACGCCACUGUGGCACAACAGCGACCGAUGCGUCCAGCAACGACGGCCGAUCCCAUAGCCAUGUUGCGACGUGGUGGCACCGCAUUGCCGCCAUAUUUACCUGUCUCAGAUGAAAUGAGUAAAUAUUUGGUGGAGGAUUCACCCUGCAAUUUCUCUGUGGCUUCGGGUCUAUCUAAUCUGACUGUAGGCUCUAGUUUAGUGGGACCCGCUGUGACGCUAAAGGGCAGCAAUGCGAGCGCUGAAAACUCUCCAAACAUGCCUGCAGCUGCAGAGGCUCCGCGGGCUAAGUCCGUAGCGCCAGAAGAGAGUGCGCGCUUGGAACAAAAAUGGCAGGAUGAUUCGCUUAGUUCGCUGUCCAUCGACUCUGAAGACGAUACGAACUUGUUAAGUCAGGCUAUUGCCGCUGGUUGCAAUAGACCCAAAUCGAAUCUUGGUUUUAGUAGCACAUCGUCUACCAACAACAAUAACAACAACAAUCGCAAUAAGCGCAUAUCACUGUCCGCUUCACAGCCAAUACCCAUCAAUGCGGCCACCUCGUCAUCGUCACUCAAUUCCAGCGCCACAGCACGACACUACCAACGACAGCAACAACACACAAGCGACCGCAAUGCCGGUCACACUUCCAGCACAGCACACCGCUAUCAAAAUGGCAAUGAUUCUUACAGUUCGGUGGAUUCGAGCGACUCCAAUGAUAACCAAGCCAAAUCACUCUUUGAGCUGUGCAUACGCACCGGAAUGCAUAAGCCUACACGUGACGGUGGCAAUCACCGUCGCCAGCAUCUAAUGAGUAAUCGACGCAGUGGCAACAGCACCACCACGCAAUCGAAUCCGAAUUUGAAACAAUUCGAUUCGUUGCCGCUGCAAUUGUAUCAGCAGACGAAAACAGCGCCUUUGCCGACCAAUACGUCCACGGCUUUGCCGUGCACAACCACAACGGUUAAUCGUCAUUUACGCGAACGCGAGCGCAAAGAUGAAAAAUUGCUGUUGGAAUGCAUCAACACUGGCAUUUCGAAGAAGAUCGGCAACAAUGCUAUCGGUGGCGCCGGGAGUGUAGGCGGUAGUGCUGCGGCCGCGUCCGUUGGCAGAUACACUGCCGACAAUAGCGCACAUUCAAUGUCUAUGCCAAUAUUUUAUGCGGGCGAUGGCAGUUACAGCACUGGGACCGGGUCAAAAAACGUGCUGGCUACGUCUGCAGCUGCACGGGCGCUGUGUCACCCACACGCGGCUACUUUAUCCUCAAAUGUGCUCAGCACAGCAGCUCCAGACGUAACAAAGACGAACAACACCGGCUACAACAACAGCAACUGCACCACCAUCAGCAGCAACAGCAACAACAACAUUUGCAACGACACCAACAACACGUGCAACAGCGUGAAUUGUUGGGAAGUGAGGGACACCAACAGCGUCGACAUCAUAGACGCAGUAAAAAAUCCAGCGAUGGCCACCACCAUCACAGCACCCAGCGACGCAAAUCUUCCAAAUCACGCGAACGCAACAACCGAACAGAAAACGAACAGUACUGGGUAUAAGCAAGAGCAAGAGCCGGAACCGGACGACUUAAAUAGUCUAUCUACUUCGCUAGACAACACUGCAACCAGCGACGAUUCGAAUGAGUCGUUCAUUAUAGAGACCACAGUGUCACUGGAGAUGCGUCAAUCGCGCUCUUCGCCGCCACUUACCACAUCGCAAAAACACAAGGAUCCCGAUUUAAUGUUAAAGUCCGUGGAGCGGCUAACGUUGGAGUUUGUCUCUUCAGCAGAACAACUACGUACCAAUGCCACUACUGUAACUGCGGACUGCAUUGCUGCUGAGCAACAGCGUGCGACAUCUGUUGGCACGAGUAUAUCCAUCGGCGGUAACUCGAAUUCCAACAACACUUGGAACGAGGAUACCUGUCCCAAUGAUGAUGUCUCGUUCCCCAGCGUCAGCGUCACCGCGCCUGUUAUCGCUUCAUUAAACUAUGACGACGAAGACGAUGAUGAUGAUGAUGAUGAUGCAGACCAGGCAACCGAGGCGGACCACAAGGAUUUGCAUGAUUUUGCUGAAAUUACACCAAUAAAUGAAGAACAGCCGCAACCGUCCCUCUUGCUACUGGAACGCGCUGAAACCGCUACACAGCCCAGUUCAUUGGAAACGGAAACCGAAACCGACACUUUGGUGAAUGAAGGUCGCAGCCUGGAUAUACCAUGUUAUAUUGCAACGCAAGAGUCGACCACCAGUAGCGGCCUAAACUUCCAGCUGGGCGGUGCUGUACAAUCAGCAGCGCUUUCUCUGGGCGGCGGCCAUCAUAUGUUGUAUGGCAGUAACAGCAAUGCAGCUGCUGCAGCAGCACAAGCCGCCGCGGCCGCAGCCGCUGCUGCAAUGACGAACUCCACCAUCAUUGCUAUUGAAGCGCGCGCUCUAGCUGAGAAUCUACAGCAUGGUGGCAGGGUGAGUGCUGACGAUGAUGAAAGCAUCGAUUUGACAUUUAGCAUGAACAGUUUGGAUUUGGAGAACAUACGUCCACCUUCUGGUAUGGAAUCGCUUAACAUAUCUGGCUACUACCAGCAGGAGUCACUUUCCAAUACAUACCACUCGCUUGGUGUGCUGCAGCGUCGUAGCGGUAGCACCCCGCAAAGUCCACAAAUGAUGCUGCGCUCACCGAAGUUUCCACGCAAGUCGCUGCCGCAUGGUUUGGUCGCGAAACGCGCACUAGGCCAACUGCCUGCUCAUCUCAGCGGCAGCGCGGAAAGCGUAAAUUCCAGUUGUAAUAUGUUGGAGAACAUCAAGCCGCCAUCAUUAAUGGACGAACUAUUGGAUUCCAUGAUCAGUGUGGCAAGCAUACAAUCGGAGGUGGCAGACGGCGAAUGCAGUUUGGCUACAACUCUAUCGGCUGCCUCGAAUUAUGAGACAGCGGCGGGUGGACAAAUGGAGUGUGCUGACUAUGAUGAUAAUACCGUUACGCUGCAAAGUUGCUGCGAAACCAUGCCGCACGAUAUGGAUGUAGAAGAAAACUCUUUUCAUAGUGGCGCCGGCAGUACACCACUGCCAACCGAUGAUUAUGAAUUCAGUUCUGCCGAGUCGACACCACAAAAAUCGGCUGCUUCACCAACGCCGCCGAAUGGUGAAAAACGCACACUGACGCCUAAACAGAAGCGGAAAGUGGCAAAGGAUCGCUAUCGUACCUACACGAUAUCCUCGAAUGCGGUAGUAAAUGAGGAGGAACGUCGGCGUUUGGAGCUUGAUGAGGCACAAAUGACAGACGAAACGUUACAGAUCGAAAUCAUCGAAACGGAGGGUGCCACUAAUGGCAGCUCCAGCAGCCGCCGACGAGCAGAUGCCGAACGCUAUCGAACGCAAACAAUUGUCUAUACAACUGAAACCACAACCACAACGACAACCACAAUCACAAGCAAUGAACUGGAAGCGCAAGAGAUCAACGCCAGCGCGGAUGAAUCUGCCGGACCGUAUUCUUUGACUUCCACAGACGACUGCACUUCGGAAAAUAUGUCUUCGCUACGUGAAUUGACACAUAAGUUCAAAUUCAUUAAUAUGCCCAUUCAUACAUUGAAAUCCGCACCAGAAGCAGAAACCACCGAGGUGAGAGGAGCUCCCGAUGGUGGUGACUGCUUAACCAGCAUGGAAGGCGAUCAAAAUUCGGACACAGAGUCGCGUCAUGAUCAACAAGAAGCAUACAAUCGUGGUGAAAACUAUGCUGAUCGAAGUGAAGAAGAAGAAGCAAAAGAGGAAAGCGAUUCAGAGCAUCAAUCUGUAGUAAAGACACCAGCGCGUGCGCGUAUCGCCAAACCUAUUGAAAUACCUGACAUACAAUCAGUCGCCAAUGCCGCUGACGACCAGGCGAAAAUUGUGCGCGGCCGCAAGAAACCGGCCUACAUUUCACCUUACAGCAUACAGUAUCAGCGUACCAUAUCGCCGCAGACACGUGUCGCUACAAAUAAAAUGCUGACGCAGCAGUCAACAACAACAACGCAGGCCAAGACCGCCAGCACACGCUUGGCGUCACCGAACAAAGCGCAGACGCACGCAAACGUGGACGCAAAAACCAACGUGGCACCACCACCUCCUCUGGAAAGACAGGGUACCUUCGUGCAGGAGGAGCCAACCAUUGCAACAUGUCAGGUGCCGGUUGUUGUGUCGGAAGUCAAGGCAUCUUCUGCACCGAAGGCUGCCACAACUGCGGGCGGUAGCCCACAGCGUUCUUCGAAAUUACCAACAAAACGCGCAACCGCCGCGGCCGCUUCCAAAUCCAACACAGCGCUCAUACAGCCAGCCACUACACGAAAAAUACCGAUUGCAACAAAAACCAAUUCACCCAAACAUCGCAAAGUCACCGCCACUAUCGGCGCGACUACAAGCGCCAGCAUGCCGCAGCGUUCGAACAGCAAUGCGGCCAUACGUGUGACCAGCAGCGCGGCGCGCAUAACACGCGUAUCAGCAACAACGCCGCCAACGCGCAGCAACUCUAAUCUGAACAGUCGUGACACAGCCGCAACAGCGGCGGCGAGUGCCACGAAGAGCGCGGCAGCGAAAAUCAAUCAAGCGCAAAGUCGCAUCGCCAACAUUUGGAAGCGUGUCAAUGAUGCUAAAAGCAAGCAGCAAGAGCCGUACAAAGCGCCGCGCAUCAAUAUUGCACGCGGCUCAGCGGCCGUGGUGAGUAAGUUGAAGUCACAGCAAACGAAGUCGUCGCCCGCGUUAAAUGCGCCGAAGACAAUAUUGCCGGCGCGCACGACUGCGCCACAACAACAAAAGAAACAAACGCUGAUACGUAGCUCGACAUUUGAUAACACGCCGAAUGGCGACGUGGGCGCGCUGCAAAAUGUGCCACCGAAAAUGGCAGUCAAUGCUGGAGGUGGCAUGUCAGUUGCGCAGCGCGGAGGCAGAAAAUAAGUUUCGUGUAAAAUUUUUGGCUUGAAAAUGCACAAAAUGCUCAAAUAGUAAAAAAUGUGCGGCGCCGUGGGGAGUAAUGUCAAGUAAAGACAUUUGAGCGACGCGACAUCAGAAAAAUAUUUGUUUGGUGGCUAAGUGCGCUUCUGCUCUCCGAUUUGCGUUUAACUUAUGCCAAACGCAAAAGAACAAUAACAAAAACCCUCAUUUGAACAACUUUUAGCAAAUCAAUCAAAUCAGUUAGUCAAAACUAAGCACUUAAGCGCAUUUAAGUAUCUCUUUUAAGUUAGUAUCUAAUCAAAGUAGUGAAGUAAAUAUAUACAAAGAAAGGACCGAAAGCAAAAAUCACGAAUGUUCUCACACUACACACAAUUCGUUUGGGGGCGACUAAUUUCACUGCAUGGUAGGCCAAAUUAUAAAAUAGUUUAGAAAAUACGAAAAAUGGGACAGCGCCGCGCGUUAAAUGCGCGCACAAGUAGUCAAAUAUAUACAGAACAUGUACAUAUAUAUAUGUAUAACUAUGUAAGCAUUAAUGAAAUACUUGCGAAAGCAUAGAAUUUUGAUAAGAGAUAACGGUAAACGUUCGUUGCAUGCAACGCAUAUAAAUGCGCAUGCUUGCUGGCUAUCGAUCGCUUGUAAGCGUUUACGUAAAUUCUUGCCAGAAGAAAAAAUAUAGCAAGAAAGUGCGUUCUUUACAAAUAAUCAAACAUUUAUUUAAUAAUAAAUACAUUGAUUUUAUUACGAAUAUUUGUAAUGAAAGUUUGCGUCAAAAACCGGUACACUUACUGUCUUGUCAACACUCGUUUUAAUCACUCGUUGUGUGUGUGUGUGAGUGUGCCUAACAGCCGGUUGCUAAGCAAAAGUUUAAUCACACUCCAUUAGUGCACAAAAAUGAAUUAUCGCUAAAUUAAUGAUUCACAGGUAAUUAAAAUGCCAAAUUUUAAUUGCUUCCGUAAUGGCAAACAACGUGUCUUCGUAUACUUCGGCAUUUGAGGAAAAGGUUUUUUUUUCCAAACUCGAUAAUAGAAAUAUGCUUUUCGCGCUUAGUUAAUGACUAAAAAUAUAUUUGUGUGUGAGUAAAGCUGUUAUAUUUGGUAUUAAUUACACAGUUGGCAUAUAUUAUUUGGUUUGUCUGUACUAACUGGAAUAUACCUAGUACAUAUAUGGUACUUUAAUAUGUUAGUUACCACACAAUGCGCAAACUUUGUUGAGCAAAAAUUAUUGAAAUGUGUUCAAUGCUUGGUUUCAGCGUUUAAUUUCAUACUUUAUCAGACUUAAAAAUUGAAAUAGACAAAUUUUUCUUGCUAAAUUGUCUUCAUUUCAAUAUGCAGUUUGAUAAAUUUGAAUUUGAAAUUCACUAGCCUUACAAUCGAAUGCAGAAACGCUGGAUUUCUAAUUAUUUUUUAAUUUAUUAAAAUGCUUAGAAAUCCAGUUUUCGAAGUACAAGUUUCCAUUGUGUUUUUGUUGAAUUCUUUAAAAGCUAACCCUUUUUAUUUUUGAAAAAUUUAAAAGCAUUUUAAUGAUUUAUUAGUGUAGACUGACAUAAAUUAAUUGAAAUGCUUUUAAUUUUCCAUAAAUUCCUCUUCAAACCUAUUUCAAUGUUUGCGCUCAACAAAACAGCCUUAAAUUGAAACCAAAUUAAUUACCUUAUUGUUUUUAAAAUGUUUUGGCUCGUUCAUUUUUACUUAAUUUUAGCGCGUACUCCUUACUAGUGUGCAGUCUAUAGGCGGCUGUUUAACAAUU